UCCAGUCCUGCUGCUCGGGCUCUCCGCAGUCGAUCGCUCCUGAAAGGGAAUUGUGUUCCUGUACCCUUGUAGAUUCCAAACUAAGGUUGAAACAAUGGUUGGCCUCAACCAGCUCAUGGAAGAUGAAGUGUUCACGGCUUUUGCUUCUUAUACAACAAUUAUUCUUCUAAAAAUGAUGUUGAUGAGCACUACAACUGCGUUCUACAGAAUGACGAGAAAGGUUUUUGCCAACCCAGAAGACUGUGCAAGCUAUGGCAAAGGAGAAGAUAUCAAGAAGUACCUUCGAACAGAUGACAAUGUGGAACGUGUUCGAAGAGCCCACCUGAAUGACCUUGAAAAUAUUGUUCCAUUUCUUGGUAUCGGCCUUCUGUAUUCCUUGAGUGGUCCAGAUCCCUCUACAGCCAUCCUGCACUUCAGACUCUUUGUUGGAGCACGGAUCUACCACACAAUGGCAUAUUUGGCACCCCUUCCCCAGCCAAAUAGAGCUUUGGGUUUUUUUAUUGGGUAUGGAGUUACUUUUUCAAUGGCUUACUCCUUGCUGAAGAAUAGAUUAUACCUAUGAGGAGAAUCAUCCAAUUGGCUUACAAAAAUUCAGUGCUUCAAGUUGAUAAUGAAUAUAUUCGUAGAUGUUAGGUGGGAAGGAAGCAGAGAUACGAAGACCUGAGGAAAAUCUGUUUUGAAUGUGUCACUAGUGCAUAUUCUUUAUUCUAGUUUUGGAUUUACAUUAAAAAUUUGACAUACUAAUUCACAA